UUGAAUGACAUUAAAGUUCAGCUGCUAGCUGUUAGCUUAGCUUCUCUGUGUUGGAGAAACAAAACAAAACAGACUCGGACAGACUCGGACUGACUCCAGCUGCUCUUCACUUCUUCACUUCUUCCUCCGCAGCUCCGAGCUGAAACAUGCGGGACCGGACCAAAGAGCUGGGCAACAGUGGAGAGGCUUCAGAUGAAGACGAGGAGGGCAGAGCUCUGAUGAUCAAACCUGGAACCUCUUCAGCCAAAGAGGAGAAAGAGAAUGAAGCCUUCUUCAAAAAGGUCCAUGAAAUUCACGAGGGGCUGCACAACCUCAGACGGAUGGUGUCUGACCUGGAGACCAAGCAGAAAACUGUGCUGGGCGUGGCGCUGCCGGAAGAGAGUAUGAAGAAAGAGCUCCAGACUCUUCGAGACGAGAUCAAAACGUUGGCGGGUCAGAUCCAGAGAAAACUGAAGAGUAUCGAAUCAAAGAAAGGGGAGGAGGACGGGAAAUAUAUCCCCAUAAAUCUUCGGAUGCAGCGGACCCAGCACGGCGUCUUGUCCAGAGAGUUUGUGGAGCUGAUGGGUCACUGUAACACCAUCCAGGCCCAGUACAGAGACCGCAACGUGGAGAGGAUACAGAGGCAGCUGAAAAUCACUGGGACCAAUGUGACAGAUGAAGAGCUGGAUACGAUGCUCGAGAGCGGGCAGACGGAUGUUUUCACCCAAAAUAUCCUGAUCGACGCUAAAGCUACGAGGCAGGCUCUGAAUGAGAUCGAGUCUCGGCACGACGAGAUCCUGAAGCUGGAGAGGAGCAUCAAAGACCUGCACGACAUGUUCCAGUACCUCGCCAUGGAGGUGGAGGCUCAGGGGGAGAUGGUAAACCGGAUCGAAGCCAACAUCAUGCAGUCUUCUGACUACGUGGAGAAAGCGAAGGAGAACACGGCGAAAGCCGUGACGUAUCAGCAGAAAGCACGCAAGAAAAAGUUCUGGAUCGCGAUCUGUCUGGCCAUCCUCAUCCUCAUCCUAGUCAUCUCAUUGAUCACCAGCUUCACCUAACAGCGGCGCGAGUCCGGCUGUGGAAGCACGUUCUGGGUUUAAAGCGUGUAAAUAACUUCAGCCUGCAGAGGAUGUACGGGUGGAUGUCGGUUCCCAUCCGUCUGCUUCUUCUUUUUCUUUUUUUUAUUCACAUUACGUCUGCCUUCCUUUAACCUGCACGAGAUGUGCUCUCUGUCGUCUUAACUCACAAAUGACUACAAUCUCGCCUGCAUUUCCACUUUCCGUUCGAGAGGCAGCGCUGCUGGUUUAUGGAAACACCCCCACACCCACCUCCACCCUCAAACACAAAGACCAGGAGGAAUUUAUGACGCCCCUGCCCUGUUACAUAAAAAAAAAAAGAGGAAAUAAGCGGCCUUGAGCAAAGCACAAUGCAGUAUUGAAACCCAACACUGGCGCUGAUCGUACCGUACUCAGGAAAAACUGUGCUUUGAAUCUUGUUACGUUGUUACUUGUGGAUGAAUUUCAGACAUAAACAACAACUACAACCGAGUAGGGCUUUUUUAUAGGCAUAUAUAGUAAAUAGACUAAUAUAAUUGUACAUAACCGAUAUUGCUGGUGAUUCUUUAUGCAGAUUUUAAGACUUGAAAGUUGUUUCAAACUGCCUUUGUGUAACAAAUGUAAAUACAGAUUCCCUUUUUUCUGUGAAACAGCAGCUCCCCUUUUAUGUUUAUUUCUUUUUAUUUUACAAAGAUGUCUCGGCGCUCACGUUUUAUUUGUCCUGCCGGCUUGUAUUUAUGAUUUGAACAGUGUUGUGUAAGCUGCUAAGAUGAAAAGUUCUGCAACGACACAAUGAAAUCUUCCACGCGGUGCCUUCUCCUUCGUGUCCGAGCCCCCCAGCUGAGAAUGUGAUGUUGUCAAGAAGGGAUGGAGUGAGUUUUUAUUCUGUUCAUAUAUAUAUUUUAUGUUUUGAAUUCACGCCGCAGUGUUUCAGCUGUGGGACUUCACGUAUAUAUAUAUAUACUCUUUAUUUUUCUUCAUCUGUUUGUCGCAUUGUGCUUCAUUUGUCUUGCUUCUGCCAGCGAAGGGAAAACAGCGACGUGUUAACUAACCAGAAAAUCCAUUUUCACAAACAGUGUCCGCCACGAUAUGACAAAUCUGUAAAGAACAAUAAACCAACACUUCUCAUGUUGAAGGUCGCCCGGUCCUCGCUCGAGCCUCCUUUUGUGUGCGACUGAGGGCAGAGCGGCGACUUCGCUUUGUGUAAUAUCACGGCUGUUGAAUUCUGCGUUGCUGAUUGUAAUAUAGUUUUUAAAAUAAAAUACUGCCAUGUUCUA